GUCAACAGUUGUCAAAUAGGAGUCUCUGCCGGUGGUCCCAAAUUGUUCCUCGAGUAUAAAGCUUUUUCGCGCUUGAAAAAUGAUCCAGAAUGGAUACAUCUAAGCCAAAAUCAAGAAAAAGUCGCAGACGCCUUGGUGCCCGGCAAUAUAAAAAUUAUUCAAAUGAAAUGCUUAAAAUAGCUGUAGAUCUUGUUAGAAAAAAACAGAUAUCAGCAAGAGAGGCGGCGCGACAAUUCGCAAUUCCUAAACAGACAAUAUUAAAUAAAGUAAACAAGUCUCAUACAAAGUCUGUCGGAUGUCCAACGCGAUUAUCUGAUGACGAAGAAGCCAAAUUUAUUAAAGUUUUAAUUGCUGCUGGGGAAUUCGGAUGCCCACUUAGUAAAUUGGAUCUUCGCCUCGUCGUGUUUGAAUACUUGAAAAAGAAUGGCCGCGAGGAUGUAUUUAACGGAGGACCUCCUGGAAAAGCAUGGCUUGAUAAUUUUUUGUCAAGACAUUCAUUAGAUUUGUCAGUUCGUAGCACGCAGAAUAUUAAAAAAAAUAGAGCUGAGAAAGGGGUUGAUGAGUUCAUGGAAUAUUUUAGAAAUUUAGAAGAGACUGAAAGAUGUUGCUCCAUCAAAUAUACUCAAUUUUGACGAAACAAAUUUAACAGAUGAUCCAGGAUCUUCAAAAUGUAUAUUUAGGCGAGGAGUAAAAUAUCCCGAGCGAGUGCUCAAUUCAACUAAAGGAGCCAUUUCGCUGAUGUUCUCAGUUACAGCGAACGGGAGCUUGCUACCUAUUUACGUUGUCUAUAAGGCAGAGAAUUUAUCGACACCUGCAAGGAAAAACAUCGUAACUCAUUUUUAUCAACUUUUCAGGAGAGCGUGUCAAAGAUUUAAAAAAUUCUUAAGUCUUUCUAUUAAGUCUUAUCGCCAUCUCACCGUGAAAAUUUGAGUCUACAAAAGAAAAUCUACACUUUCAUAUCAUUGAUAUGUUAUUAAUAUAUGUAAUUUAUUAUCUUUUAUGAGUUACAAUCAUAUUACAUCACAUAAACCUUAUAAAAUGACAUUGUAACUCAGACAUACAACUCAACUUUGUGUAUUAAUAUUUACUUCAUUAAGUUAAAAACAUUGUAAGUCUGAGAUACAAUGCUUAACAUAUAUUUUUAUGUAUUUUAGAGUUAAUGUAAGAAUAAAACAUGUUUAAUUAAUUAGGAAAAUCUUUAUUAAUUUUAAUUACAAUAAUCUCAAAAUGCAAAAAAUAAAUCAUGUUAUCACACCAACGCAAAGUCUUUAAUAUUUAAGAAAAUGUAAUAUUAAAAAUUAUCUUUUUUCCAAUUCUGGUUCGUUCUUUCUUGUGUUUUGGUAUAAGCUUCAUUUUUGAGAUCUGUUAUAGGUACCUAUCCAAUCAACUUAAAGAUAAGCAUUAUAGUCAGGCCCAUGAAAUUCUGAAUAUCACAAUUAAUAACAAAUUUUUAAAUAUUUAAAUAAACAAACAUUACAAAUUUAAGCAACAGAAAGUAUUCUAAUAUCUAAAAUCAGUUUAUUAACUACUAAAAUCAGAUAUGAAAAAUACAAGCAAUAUAAUCAAUAAAAAACUCUAAAAUAUCUUUAAGAAACAAACAUAUGAAAUUUAAGCAUAAAGAAUUAUUAAAAAAUGUCAUUGAUUAACAUCAAAGAUUUUUUUUCAAAUUUCAAAUGUUUGUUUCUGUAAGAUAUUUUAUAAUUUUUAGCAUACAAACAAUAUAGUAAUUUAUAUACUUACUAAAAUAUACAUAAUACUUUUAAAUCAAAAUACUUCUUAAUCAGAAUCAGUCAUAUUAUUUGGUAGAGUUGCUUUCAGAUGAGGUAAAUUUAUAAAAUAAUCAUGACAUAUUGUUGGAAUAGCAUUGCUAUUACAUAAGCUAAUUAAAUCUUUGUACUUUGCUGUAGAUAAAGGCAAAGGUGCAUUAUAAGCCUUUGUAAUGGUUAUCUCUUGUUCACUGUUCUGAGGUUCCUUGUUAGCGCAACGAGUAACUGCCCGAAGAGAAAUUGUCUUAAUAUCUUUAGCUACAUUUAUAGCCAUUUCAUUGUCACUCAGAUAAUCAUAUUGAUAUUUAAUUAUAUUUGGUAAGCUACUGAUAAAAUGAAUGUACAUAAUUUUACUCCAGGAGACUUUCACAUGGUUUAAAUCGUGUUCCCAAUUUUUGUAAUAUGGCAACAGCUGUUUAAAAUCCAAUAUCGUGUCUUGGUUUACUUCAUACGGCUCACCAUUGGAUUUAGCGCACCUUAUCAAAGUUACCCAUUGCUGAGGUACGUAGAUAAUUUUUUUUUUCUCCGCUCAAUAAGUGCAUGCAUCGAAUCACCCUCUGAUUGUGAAUGUCCAACUUCAAAGAAGUGAUGAUUUAUAUUUAUAUUAAAUGUUCUGCUAGUAUAUGCUUACACUGCGAAUACUGUCCUAUUUUUAUUCUGACCGCCACAGCUAUCAGAAUAAAAAUUAAACUCCGUGUACCCUUCCUGUACCUUGGUUUUUAUGAAGUCGAAUACAAAACUACUUAUUUCGUUAUAUCCUUUGCGUUCGAUCAUCUAGUCCCACAAGUAGCAAUAUCCUUAAUGUUUACCCAUAUCAUAGAUCGUGAAGUUAUAUGUAGCAAGUUUUCUUUUGUAGUAAAAUACGGAUACUUCUGAAUGAGGAGUAUUUAAAAUUUUCUGUAAAUCUUAACAAGCUGCUACAACAGAAUUGGAGUGCUUAGCUCGGUGUUUGUCACUAUCUUUUAAAGACCUGACCACAUUUUUGUUCGCAAUAUGUAAAGCGUACUCAUACUCUAGCAUAGUUUUGUCCGCCUCAGUUGCGUUUUUGUAUCUGUAGCUAUAAUAAUAUAAUAGUAUCUAUAGCAGACGUAUCAUUUUUUUUAAAUAGAAUCUGCAACCACAUGUCGCUUAUGGAGAGGGUGUUUAAAAACAUCGUCUUACAGGUUCGUAUUUCUCGACCUUCUGUAAACAAAUUGUAUUCAAAAGACCAUUUGCGCUGACUGGAUGAGGCCGAGCUGGCAAUAACUUGUUUUUUCGGGACUCUUUUGACAAAUCGGCUAAUAUAAUCCAUUUGUUUAUUAUGAUCCCCCAGUUCCCAGAAGUUUUUAAAUACUAAACUUCUCUGGUUUUCUGUGAUUGCUUCUCGACAUUUACGUGAACAAUUAGCACCACAGUCUGGUUUCAUAACUUUUUUCGCUAUUAAGUGUCCUUUUGUAUUUAUAAAUUCCUCGCCCGAAUUUUUCUUUCUUUUACGUAUUUCAGCCUUCCAAUUUUCUUUAUUCAAAAAUGUUGUUCUUCCAGGGUUAACUUUCUCCGGAUAUUUCUUGUUUUCUUUAGUAUUAAUAUGUAAUUAAAUUCUAGGCUUUUCUGCUUUAAUUUGACUUCACUUUGGUCUUCAUAGACUCGUAUUUCAGGUUCUAUUGCAUUACUAAGUUCUUGGUUUUGCACUAAAAACACAACAUACAUUAUUAAAUCGGUUUUAAAAAUAAAUAUAAACAUCUUUAUAACUUUAGUUUAAUGUUGUUAUAGUAUUCAAGUAGGUAAACUUACCAACUUCACGCAAAAUAUCCUCUAUUUGUUCAUUAUUGUAAUUUUAUUUAAGUUCAUCAUUUAUUUAUUCUGUAUCGGCAUCAGGUGUAAAACAGAAGGAGCUAAAAUAGGAGCGUAAAUUCAAUUUUAAUAACUAGUUUUUUUGAUUGACCGAAAAUUUAAUUACAAAUUUUAAGCUCGAAGUAAACUUAACGUGGUACCUACACAAUAGGUCAAAAUUUGACCUAUUGUAGAGCAGUAUUUAUUUGGUUGUACCAUACACACGAACUUUUUUUUAAUAUUUACGUUACUGAAUAUAAUAAAAAAAUACCUACCGUUUUCUUAUGUAGUCUUUGGAGUGAUAUUUUUAUUUUCUGUUUAAGGAUUAAAACAUCGUAACUAAGGUUACGAUGAAACCUUUUAUUAAUACAAAAAAAAAUUGCCAAGAACAAGAGGCUGUCUUGUAUUACAAUUUUUGUUAUGUAAUAAAUUAAUGUCAGGCAUAGGUAAGUAUGUGUAACUAAAUAUACCUUUUUAUCAUCUUCAGUGGACACUGACUUACAACAUUUUUCUACUGUCUAAAAUCGUAACGCGUAUGAAUUUAGAUACAGGGGUGAGCGCAAAUAAAAAAGAAUUUUUUAUUUACUAAGAAUAUGAUUGUAACUCAAAAUCGCUAAAAAGUGAGUUACGAUGUUUUUCCUUGCAGGUGUCGUUAUAUUCUGAAUGGAUACAGGGCGGACCGCGUGGUACUAGGUAUAACUGCACAAGAUCUGGGUGGUUUGAUUCUUUUGUUUUUGAAGAUUACUUUAACACAAUUAUUAUGGAUUGGGCAAAGUCUUUACCUAGUAAAAAAGUCGUUAUAUGCGAUAAUUUAUCAAGCCACUUAAUUGUGAGUGUUAUCGAAUUAUGUGAGUGUCACAAUAUUCAGUUUGUUUUCAUUCCAUCUAGCUCGACACACAUAACACAACCCCUUGACGUUGCUUUUUUUGCACCACUUAAAAAAGUGUGGCGAGCAAUAUUACUCAAGUACAAAAUGGAAAAUCCCAACCAAACUACUCUGAAUAAGAAUCAUUUCCCAAAACUUUUACAUUCUUUAGUUGAUCAAGUUGAAAUAUAUUCAUCUAAAAAUAUCAAAAGCGGAUUCAGACCAACUGGGAUCUACCCAUUCAACCCAAGAGAAGUACUGAAGCGUGUACCAGAGUAUCAAGAAGAUGUGGCAUCAUAUGGGAUUGACAAUGCAUUGCUAGACUACUUAAAGCAGAUCAGGCAGCCAAAUCCUAUGAUAACAAAAAGAAACAAGAAAGUUAUGACUGUACCUGGAAAAUCAGUAACAGUCGAUGAUUUACUGCUGACUUCCCAACUCUCAAAAUCGAAUGUACGAGGCAAAGUCAAGUCAUCCAAGAAUACUACGACACUCACGAAGGUAGAUACUGCUGCCUCACUCGAGAAUUUUAAUAAAAAUUACAAUUAUGACAUUAGUUAUAUUUUAAACGAAAAAACGGGUCUCAUGGAAGCCACAAAAAACACUGAUUUAGUAUUUGAAACUGAUUUACCCGUGAUUUCGAUAAAAGACCAAGACAAGCCCAAAAAGAUAAAUAUUCUAUCCGACAUCAUUUUACCAAAAUAUAAGACUAAGCCUAUUGC